AUGAUUUCGUUAGAAGAUCGAAAUUUGGAGGGGAAGUUGAAGGAGUAUGGAAUUGUGCCAAGCAAAGAGCACUAUUUGGGGGUUGUUAAUGUUCUGGGAUGUUCUGGUCAGUUGAGUGAAGCCAAGGAGUUCAUUGAGAGGAUGCCAAUUGAAGUUGGAGUUGAGUUUUGGCAGGCUCUUGGAAAUUUUGCAAGAGUUCAUGGAGACUUAGAACUUGAAGAUCGUGCUGAGGAAUUGUUAACUGUUCUUGAUCCUUCAAAAGCUGUUGCUGAUAAAGUGGCUGCACCUCAGAGAAAGAAGCAGUCUGCAAUUAACAUGCUGGAGGAGAAGAAUAGAGUGGCCGAAUAUCGGUGUAAUACAAAAUUGACAGGGUUAAGCAAUUACUAG